ACUACUUGCAAAAACGAUAUAGUUGAAUUGAUACCACAAAAAGAACAAACAAUUAACAUUUAUAAUAAUCAAGAAAAAAACACGGUACAACCAGAAUUGAAAGAAAACUCUCAAUCGGCACAAAAAUUGAACGAAACAUAUGAAGAAACACAUAUGGAACAAAAUAAUUCCGUUCCUGAAACAUUAAACACAGUAAAAGACAUUAUCAACAAGUACAAAAAGAUAGCCUCCAGCAAAUUUUGUGAAUCAGAUACAAGAGAUCGUUUUACGCCCAAUUUUACCUGCAUCAAAAAUACGACAAUCAAUAAAAAUCCUAAAAUUAACAGACCCUUUAGAAUAAGAGAUCUAGAUAAACUCGACGAGCCUAAACAUCAAAAUACUCAACCACCUCCAGAAUUAGACCAUUCGAAAUUAAUGAAAAAAAUACUUGAAAGUAUUAAAGAUAACACAGACACAAAUAAACACGAUCCUGUAAUAAAUCAGUCUUUAGUUGAACCCGAUAUUGAAAUUACAGGACAAAAUUCUGAUGAUUCCGAAUCUCCUGAACUACAAUCGUCUAACAGUGAAAGUCCUACUUUCGAGCAAACAGAAUUAUUCAGUGAUGAUUUAGAUAUAAGUCAAUCUAUGUUGAAUCCAAAAUCACUCCUAGAAAGUCUAGCGCAAGAAGACAUUAUAUUACCACCGUUGCAAUUUCGCGAUGAACCUAGACUCGAUAAUUCAGUUUUUGAUGAAGAUUUGAAUGACUUUAACCUUGAAAAUGACUGUACAGUUAAUAUGGAAGAUGCAUUUGAAAAGGACAUUAGCAGUGCAGAAAUAGAAACAUGGACACUGUCGAAGGAUGAUGAAACACGGUCCAAUAUUUGCAAAUCUAUUACUACAGACCGAAAUAUCCCUUCAGUCCCUGAUCGCUACCUGCAUGUUACACCUUCGAGAAAAUUGAAACUAAAUCAAUUUAAAUUUUCACGGAAAAACAUUUUUAAAGUUCGAAAGUAAAUUGAUUUCCCCUGCU